AGAGAGAGAGAGACAGAGAGAGAGAGAGAGAGAGAGAGUGUGUGAAAGAGGGACAGGGGGAAGAGAGAUGUGAGAUACACCGGCUUUGCUGUAGGCUCUCACCGGACUGAUCAGGUCACUAGUCCAAGCCCGACACCCGGGACACACACGUUAAGCAAGACGUCGCGCGCGCGAGUUGCUUCCUGUGCCUGCACUAACUCCCAUGCUGUGUGUUCCUGGAGCUCUGCUUACCCUGAUCACUCUGAAAGGUGUAUUCUGUGUCAGCCUCGUAAACCGAGAUCGUCUCGAUUUCUUCCUCAGUGUUUGACGCGUACCUGUUUGCUUUCUUCGGCUUGAUUGGACCAGCAGCAGACAUGGACAUAUCGGACACAUCAGACACAUCAGACACACAGCACAGAAGAGCAAGCCAAAGCUCCACAGGCUUUAGGAAUAGCAGAAGAUGGACUCUUUUCCCUAUCCGGAUCCACUGUUUCCUCGCCAUCGCUGUCUUCUGCACGAAGGUGCUGUGUGUGCAGUCUUCAUCACUGCACUUUUCCAAAGAGCCCCAGUCUCAGGAUGCGCUGCACGGUCGCAGUGCCAUGCUGCGCUGUGAGGUCAGUGAAGCGGCUGGCGUGCGAUACUCGUGGCUGCAGGACGGCCAGCCAGUACAGGACUCAGAGCGACGUUUCAUGGAGGACGGAAACCUCAAAUUUACUGCAGUUGAUCGCCAUAUCGACACAGGCAACUUCCAGUGUGUGGCCAGAAGCUUGACCUCUGGGGAGGUGGCCACAUCCACCAACGCCUCCUUCAACAUCAAGUGGCUUGACAGCGGCCCGGUGUCUCUGAAAGUACCUGCCUCGGUGGAGGAGAUCGAUGAUGCUGAACAAAUCAUAUUACAGUGCCAGAUUGAUGGACACCCAAGGCCGAACAGUAAGUGGUACAAAGAUGGAGUAUUACUAGCAGUUAAGGAGAGAAGCCUCACUCUGAGAAAACCUGUCCCUGUAGAUUCAGGCACGUAUAGCUGCUGCGCACGCAACGGAGCCGGCCAAGUCUGCAGCAACUCCAACUUCACCCUCAGCAUUACAGAUAAGACGAUUCCUCGUGUGCUGGUGGCUCCAGAGGAUCAGGUGGUGUUCAGGAAUGAAGAGGCUGUGUUUCACUGUCAGUUCUCCGCCAAACCUCCACCUGUUGUAGAGUGGUUCCACGAGUCAGAGCCGGUAAUCAACAAGCCACGGGUUGUAGUGUAUAAUAACGGCACUCUGCGCAUCACUCAGGUGAAGCCUCGGAGUACAGGUCGCUACACUUGUGCGGUUCACUAUGGAACUGAUAGGCAGGUGCAGGUAGAAGCCACUCUGCACAUCGCAGAGAUUAAUGAUAUGGACGGCAGGAUGUUGAAGUUCUUCUCUGCUAACGACGUGGAACAGAUUACGUGUUCCCCUCCACAUGGUCACCCCAAGCCUGUGGUGUGGUGGGAGAAGGAUGGUGCUCGAGUGCCCACCGAGGGCCGGGUGCACCAGCAGGACGGAGACCUGAUCUUUAACCCCACUGCGGUUGGAGACUCAGGAACAUAUAUGUGCAUGGCACAGAAUAAGGCAGGUCAGAAGCGACAGGAAGUCAGUGUCACCGUGGCUGGUCCACCGGAAUGGGUCGCUAAACCCCAGGACACUGAGAUGGAGGAGGGGCAGCCUGGGUACCUGCACUGCAAUGUCCAGGCCACGCCCCCUGCCCAGGUCACCUGGUACCGCAACAUGCAGGAGAUCAGCGAGGAGAAAUCUCAGUAUAAACUCUUCCCAAAUGGGACUUUGAGGAUAAACAAUGUGGAGGUGUAUGAUGGACUGGUCUAUAACUGUGUUUGCAAGACUGCAGGUGGUACCCUAAAUGGACAGGCCAAAGUCUACGUACUUGAGAAGCUGAAGUUCACCCCUGCUCCCCAGUCCCCUCAGUGUCUGCAGCUGGAUAAAGAGGCCAGUGUUCAGUGCUCUGCUACGGGCCGAGAGACUCCUACUAUACACUGGACCAAAGCAGAUGGUAGCGCUAUCCCUGCUCAUGUAAAGCAAAUCAAUGGGACUCUACAGUUUGAGAAAGUGACACGGAGUGAUGCGGGGAACUACACUUGUGUAGCCAGUAACCGUCCACAGGGAGAGAUCAGAGCCUAUGUGUCUCUCACUGUAGGAGUGUAUACAGAGUUUAAGGUGGAACCGGAGUACACUACAGUGUAUCAGGGUCACACAGCGACACUGCACUGCCAGGCUACAGGAGACCCCCAGCCCUACAUCCAGUGGAUAGUCAAAGACAAAGCGCUGUCUGUCAGCACCAGCAGAUUUCAAGAGAUGCCCAAUGGUUCUCUGAUCAUCAGCGAUGUUACUACUGCUGACACAGGAAAGUACACUUGCAUUGCUGGCAACAGCUGUGGCAUCAGACAUCGAGUUGCACAGCUCUACGUCGUAGAGAAGCCAAAGCAUGAUCGUGACAAUGAUGAGGGAAAGACACCAUAUAAGAUGAUCCAAACCAUUGGUCUGUCUGUGGGGGCAGCUGUGGCCUACAUCAUCGCCGUGCUCGGCCUUAUGUUCUACUGUAAGAAGAGACGCAAUGCCAGGAGACUGCAGAAGGGACAGGACGGGGAAGAGCCAGAGAUGGAGUGCCUUAAUGGAGGCGCUAUGCAGCACAAUGGCCAAACUACAGCUGAGAUCCAGGAAGAGGUGUCUCUUACUAAUCUAGAGACUGUGUCUACAGCUGAAAAACACCAUAGCAACACAGACAAGUUCCACUUUCCCAGAGCAGACUUACAGACCAUCACUACACUAGGCAAAGGGGAGUUUGGUGAGGUGUUCUUGGCCAAAGCACAGGGGAUUGAGGAGGGUGAAGAACAGACUGUGGUUCUGGUGAAGAGUCUGCUGAGCAGGGACGAGCUCUCGCAGGCUGAGUUCAGGCGGCAGGUCGACAUGUUCAGUAAACUGAAUCACACCAACAUUGUGCGCCUGCUUGGCCUCUGCAAAGACACAGAACCCCAUUACAUGAUCCUGGAAUAUAUAGACCUGGGUGAUCUCAAACAGUUCUUGAGGAUAUCGAAAAGCAAAGAUGAGAAACUCAAACCGCAGCCUAUCAGUACCAAAACCAAAGUGUCCAUCUGUGCCCAAGUGGCUGCUGGGAUGGAGCACUUGUCCAACCAGCGUUUUGUCCAUAAAGACCUGGCAGCCCGGAACUGCCUAAUUAGUGGAGAGAGACAUGUCAAGAUUUCUGCACUUGGCCUGAGCAAAGACGUCUACAGCAGUGAGUAUUACCAAUACAGGCAGAGUUGGAUCCCUUUGCGCUGGCUACCUGCAGAGUCUGUCUUUGAAAAUGACUUUUCCACCAAAUCUGAUGUGUGGGCUUUUGGUGUGCUGAUGUGGGAAGUGUUCAGCCAUGGUGAGCUGCCGUACUCCUCACUGAGCCAUGAGGACGUACUCGAAGGCCUUCAAGCUGGCACGCUGAAGCUUUCUGCUCCCGAGGCCUGUCCUUCUAAAGUCUACAAACUGAUGAGUCGGUGCUGGGCUCCCAGUCUGAAAGAGCGGCCAUCUUUCAGUGAGCUAAUCCAGGCUCUGGGAGAUAUUCCAUUGGACAGCAAGGUGUGAGGACUACAUCUGCUCCUACUUCCAUCUGGUGUGGUGGACCCACACCUAUCCUGUUCUGCUCUGCUACAAUCACAGACUCGCUCAGACUGGGUCCCACACAUUUCAGGGAGCAAGUGUGUAUGAGUGACUAACAGGGAUGUUGAUAUCAGGGCAAUGUGUGCGUGUGUGUGCAAGUGUGUGCAUGAGCGUGCAGGUGUACUUGCGUGUGUGUGUGUGUGUGUGUGUGUGUGUGUGUGCGCGUGUGUGUGAGGACCCCAGAGACUUCUAUCUGCCUUAACCAUGGCAUUAAAGGACACGCUGUUGAGCAUUCAAUUUCAAUGUCCUGUUUAUGCUUUUAAUUUUCAGCUCUGUCUAUUUUUUACCCUGAGAUCUCCUUCUUUAUUUCUGGAGCCUCAGACGACCUUCAGGGGGUACGAUCUUUGAACUUGAUCUUUCACCUCUGCUUGCGCAGGACAAUCCAACCCCAAUUGGGGCAAAUCCCACGAUGUGGCUCCGGAAAAUGCUGGACUCUGCAUUCAAUGCUCAUCUAAUGGACUUGAAGUUGUUGUGCGAAUAGUUGCGUGUCAGAAUGUGUGUGUCCUUGUGUGUGCUUUUUUUUUUAGUUUUGCAAUGUAGAUCAGUGUGCAAGUCAAACAGAGCAAAUUUGCUAUGAAAGGAGAUGGCCUGUUAUGGCUCUAAACUGCAGAAUAAAUGAAUACUUCUAGUAUAUGGUUUGUACACAUGGAAGCGCAAGGAGAGUUAGAGAUGUUUUAUUACAAUUGUACGUUUUAUUUUUUUAAUAUUUGCCUUUUCUUACCUUGUGGUGCUCAUAUGGGACAAUAAUAUUUUGAUGGAGAGAACUUGCAAUACAUCUUAUUGCCUACAAGCCUAAAGCCAUGAUGAACAAUGUAUUCAAGAUUUCUGCAUAGCGAUAUUUAUAACCACCUCACUGUAUUAUUGCUUGGCAAAGUCCCUGUUACGUUCAUUAAUACCAACACCAUGCACUAAUUUCACUUAAAAUCUUGUUUUAUAUAAUAGUUUAUUUCAAUGUAGAAGGAUGUAUGUGAGCCUUUAUUUAUGAUGAAGGUUCUGUCUUUUUUGUAUAUGUUUUUAAUAGAAAGGUACUCUAAGAUCCUUUUAUACGAUUAUGUACUCCACUCAUUAUAACGUCUCAUUUUGCAGUUUGGAAAGUGUUGUAGGGCAGCUGAGAGUUUCAGUGGUCACCAUCAUUUAAGGGCCACAAGUGCCUAAGACAUGAAGGAUUAUUUACAACGUAGCUUUCAGUUUAUUUUAAACAGUUGCUUUGUUUUUAUGAACUGUUUCAUAUCUAAUCUUUUCAUAUGAUGUAAUGAUUCUUUUCUGUUGGUUUGUUUUAUUUCUCUGAAUAAACACAUGGUCCUUGCCUUUUUAAUAAUUACAUGCUAGGCACUCCCACUUAAAAGUGUUUUGUUAGUCUAGUUUAGCAAAGGUCAAAAUAAUCACAGUGUAUGCUGCUCACAUUAAACAUUCACAUUUGUAACAACAA